GUUUUCGACUGUCAUGUCCAGUCCUAUAUAACAAAUGGGGUUAACAAUGUCUAUAAAAGAAAGCCAUCAACUAGAGGUUUAGAUAAAGUAAUCUAAAGAUAUGGAAGAGGUGAAGCUUUUUAGGACAUGGUCAAGCCCGUUUGCUCUAAGGGUAGUUUGGGCACUCAAACUAAAAGGCGUAGAGUAUGAGACCAUAUAUGAAGAUCUUGCAAACAAGAGUUCUUUACUACUCAAAUACAACCCUGUUCACAAGAAAGUUCCUGUGUUGUUGCACAAUGGAACACCAAUAUGUGAAUCACUUGUAAUUCUUGAGUAUAUUGACGACACAUGGAACAAAACUACUCCUCUUUUACCUAAAGAUCCACUUGCUAGAGCCACUACACGUUUUUGGGCAAAGUUUAAUGAUGAACAGCUUGCACCAUCAGUGUUCAAUGCUUACACAAGCCAAGGAGUGGAGCAAGAAGAAGCAAAGGCUCCUGCUUUAAAAAACCUAGAAAUUGUCGAAACACAGCUAAAAGGGAAGAAAUUCUUUAGUGGAGAAACAAUUGGAUUCUUAGAUCUUGCAUUUGGAUGGAUUGCGAAUUAUCUUGAGAUAUUCGAAGAAACAAGUGGCAUAAAACUCUUAGAUGAAGAGAGAUUUCCUCUUAUAAUGUUAUGGAAGGAUAACUUUUAUAAUAUCCCAAUAAUUAAAGAAAGUUGGCCAGAUAGGGAGAAGUUGGUUACCAAGUUCAAGGUCAUGCGUGAGUAUUUUCUUUCUGUUAAAGCUUCUAAAUAAUCAUGUAAUACUUUCAAAUCGUGAUUGAUGACUUAUAGUGAAGACAUAAAUAUUUACACUUCUAGAGCGUAAAUUAUUUCGUUUUUUAAGUUGGGUAGAUUGCAAUAGCCAUGUAUUUUACACUUGUUAUCAACUAGUGGGGAUUUCUCUAUGCCAUGUAUUUUACACUUGUUAAGGACCAUUUAUGUAACUUUGCAAAAUUUAUAG